AAUCUUCCUCAACCAGUGACGAAGAUGGAAAUGAGCUGAAAUUAAAACAGUGGAGUGAUAGUGAUGAUAACGAUGAUAAUGGUAAUGAUAAUGGCGACGAUGAAUGA